CUCUCAGAUACACUCAUGACAUGAGCUUAAGGGAAAUAUAUAAAUAUAAAUAUAUAUAUAAUUUUUUUUUGCUGCUGUUGUUGUUAUUAAAUAGAAGAGGACGACGGACAAUGCGUGCGUUCGUGGAGCUGACCGUCGUUCUAACGUGACCCGAACAAAAUGCCGUUGUUGUGCGUUUGUUAGGCAAAACAACAAACAAACAAACAAACAACAGCCUUUCUGCUCACUAACCGGCGGCUUUGACAGCUUUUCCAGAGCCAACGGAAACCAUGGCGACGCAAAACGACUGCUGUGUGAAAGUCUCCUUGAGGAUUCGUCCUCAGAUGGCAAAGGAGAAGAUCGAGGGCUGCCACAUCUGCACCUCCGUAACCCCUGGAGAGCCCCAGGUGCUGCUGGGUAAAGACAAGGCCUUCACAUAUGACUUUGUGUUCGACAUGGACGUCCAGCAGGAGACGAUCUACAGUGCCUGCGUCCACAAGCUUAUCGAGGGAUGCUUUGAGGGAUACAAUGCUACAGUGUUCGCCUAUGGACAGACGGGUUCGGGGAAGACGUACACCAUGGGCACGGGCUUCGACAUGACCGUGAGCGAGGAUGAAAAGGGGAUCAUCCCACGUGCCGUGCAUCAGCUCUUCCAGGGCAUUCAGAGACGGCGAAUGGAGGCUCAGGAGAGCGGCACACACCCACCCGAGUUUAAAGUCAGCGCCCAGUUUCUGGAGCUCUAUAAUGAGGAGAUCCUGGACCUGUUUGACAGCGCCCGUGAUCCUGGCAGGAAGUCCAACAUAAAGAUCCAUGAGGACAGCAGCGGAGGCAUCUACACUUCAGGAGUGACCUCGCGCCUGGUCGGCUCCGAGGAAGAGCUCCUCCAGUGUCUGAAACUCGGCGCUCUGUCCCGCACCACAGCCAGCACCCAGAUGAACGCCCAGAGCUCCCGUUCUCACGCCAUCUUCACCAUCCACCUGUGCCAGAUGAGAGUGUGUCCUCAGGCUCAGCUGGUGAACGGGUCCGUGAGUGCUGAAGUGAACGGUGUCGCUGAUGGCUCCAUGUCCCAGGCUGAAUACGAAACCCUCACCGCAAAGUUUCACUUUGUGGAUCUGGCCGGAUCAGAGCGGCUCAAACGCACAGGAGCCACGGGCGAGCGGGCACGAGAGGGCAUUUCCAUCAACUGUGGCCUGUUGGCUCUGGGUAAUGUGAUCAGCGCUCUAGGAGAUCAGAGUAAGAAGGCUGGUCAUGUGCCUUACAGAGACUCCAAACUCACUCGCUUGUUACAGGAUUCACUUGGUGGGAACAGUCGGACAGUAAUGAUCGCCUGCGUCAGCCCCUCGGACCGCGACUUCAUGGAGACACUAAACACCCUGAAAUACGCCAACAGGGCGCGCAACAUCAAAAACAAGGUGGUAGUGAACCAGGACAAGACCAGCCAGCAAAUCAGCGCGCUGCGGGCCGAGAUCGCCCGUCUCCAGAUGGAGCUCAUGGAGUAUAAAGCGGGGAAGCGUGUGGCCGGGGAGGAUGGCUCCGAAGGCUUCAGUGACCUGUUCCAGGAGAAUUCCAUGCUGCAGAGGGAAAAUGACAACCUGCGCAUGCGUGUGAAGGCCAUGCAGGAGACCAUCGACCAUCUCAACACCCGAGUCACUCAACUCCUGACCAACGAGAUUAAUCUGCUCCUCACAAAGACGGGGGAAACUAAUGAGGAGAUUGGGAAUCUGAUCCAAAACUACAUCAGGGAGAUUGAAGAACUCAGGUCUAAGUUGUUGGAGAGCGAGGCGAUGAACGAGUCUUUGAGACGCAGUGUGUCUCGUCUCUCCUCCCGCUCUCCUUACCCUGUCUCUCAUGUACCUCCACCUGGACACCCCCUGGGCUCUUCCCCAUCUGUUUCCAUGGAGGCUGAGAUGACCGACGUGCUUCGGCGAGCUAAGCUGGACAUCGAGAGGCUGAAGAAGAAAGAGAGGAAUCAGAGACGCAAGAGUCCAGAAAGCGAGAAGGGCUUGAAGAAGAGAGCAAAGCUCCAGGCUCAGGAGAACAGGCAGAGCUGCGAGAGCAGAGAGAAUGGAGACGGCGACUCGGAUAAUGAACCUGAAGAGGAGGGUAUGUGCCCUCUGCCUGAAGAGGAGAGUGGCUGUGAUGAAGAUGAAGAGGACGAGGAAGAGGAGAUCAGGGAGGAGGAAGAAUUUGACAGCGACGAGAGCUUGGUGGACUCUGACUCCGAUUCCGAUGAGAAAGCAAACUUCCAAGCCGACCUGGCGGACCUGACAUGCGAGAUCGAGAUCAAGCAGAAGCUAAUAGAUGAGCUGGAAAACAGUCAGCGGCGGCUGCUGACACUAAAACUCCAGUACGAGGAGAAGCUCAUCCUGCUGCAGAACAAGAUCCGUGAUACACAGCUGGAGAGAGAUCGCGUACUGCAGAACCUCAUGUCCAUGGAGAACUACACAGAAGAAAAGGCCAAUAGGGUCAAAGCAGAGUACGAGAAGCGUCUGAAGGAGAUGAACAGGGAUCUCAUGAAGCUACAGGCGGCGCAAAAGGAGCACGCUCGCCUGCUGAAGAACCAGGGCCGGUACGAGAGAGAGCUCAAGAAGCUGCAGGCUGAAGUGGCCGAGAUGAAGAAAGCCAAGGUGGCAUUGAUGAAACAGAUGAAAGAGGAGCAGCAGAGGAGGAGGAUGAUUGAGGCCAAGAGGAACCGAGAGAUCGCCCAGCUCAAAAAGGAACAGCGACGGCAAGAGUAUCAGAUCCGUGCUCUCGAGUCACAGAAACGGCAGCAGGAGAUCGUCCUCAGGAGGAAGACUCAAGAGGUGACGGCUUUGCGCCGAUUAGCUAAACCCAUGUCCGAGCGUGUGGCGGGACGCGUCUCUCGUCGUCCGCCCAGCCUGGACUCCGGAGCCGAGCUCUCAGCCAGCACCACCACGUCCACCACCACGUCGUCAGAACCCGAGUCUAACCGUUCUGUCUCCAGUAUCGUCCGCCAGUGGAACAACAAGCUGAAUGGCUACUUGGGAGAGAGCGAGGGAUCUGGGGGAGGAUUGUCCCGGCUGGCCAAUGGUAGGAAGAAGUUACAGAGGAAAGGCGUGAGCAGCAGCUUCUCGAAGACAGCACGGCAAAAAUGGCAGGCUCUGGAGAGGAGGGUCAUGGACAUUGUGAUGCAGAGAAUGACGAUUGCCAAUGUAGAGGCCGACAUGGACCGCCUCAUAAAGAAACGGGAGGAGUUGUCCAUGCAGCAGGAGGCGCUGUUGCGUAAGCGAGAGAAGCUCCUGAGCGAGGGGCCUAGAGAGGAGGAGGAUGAACGAGUUGUUCAGGAGAUGAAUGAAGAAAUCGAGGUGCUCAAUGCCAACGUCGAUUACAUCAACGACAGCCUGUCUGACUGUCAGGCCACAAUUGUACAGAUUGAAGAGACCAAGGACGAGUUGGACUCCGUGGACAUGUCAGUGGUCAUCAGUUCCUGCUCCCUGACAGAAGCCCGUCACCUUCUGGAUCAUUUCCUGAAAGCCUCCAUAGAUAAAAAUUUACAGGUGGCUCAGAAAGAAGCCCAGAUCAGGCUGCUAGAGGGACAGCUGCGGCAGACAGACGUGAUUGGCUCUUCCCAUAAUCACAUGAUCCUGGACGCCAUACGGGAGAAGGCAGAGUGUAUCCCAGAGUUACAGGCUCUCAUUCAAAAUGUCCAGCAGGAAAAUGGCUAUGCUAGCACGGACGAAGAGGUGUCCGAGUUUAGCCAGGCCUCAGAAACGAGUUACUCUCAAAUGAAAUCAUCAGCCAGUCAGGAUGACUUCAAGAUCAGGUCCGAGCCUCGUAUCUCGGGUCAGAUGAAGGCAGUAUCGGCUGAAUACUUGGGCCCUGUCCUGGACUCCACCACCAAGAACAUCACCAAGUCUCUGGCAUCUCUGUCUGAGAUUCAAGAGAACGGCUUGGGCUUUGUUCUCCGCGAGACCUACUUCAGAGAAAGCAUGUCACGCACCAUCAACCUGCCAGUCCGUGGGCACACAUUUCCCAGGCAGUCCAGAGGCUCCGAGGCAUCUCCAUUCACCAGGCGGCCAUCAUAUGACAGAAGCCAAUCAUACAGACCUCCCGAGACCAUCUACACACCUCCCUCAUCCCCUCCCCUCCGUACCCGUAACGACCGCAACGUUUUCUCCCGCCUUACAAGCAACCAGAGCCAGGGUUCCGCGCUGGAUAAGGGUGUGAUCAGUCCCAUGGCAGGGCUGAAAGGGGGCAGAACGGCUCCUCUGCAGUGUGUGGCUGUGGCCGAGGGACACUCCAAGCCUGUGCUCUGCCUUGACGCUACUGAUGAGCUUCUGUUUACUGGAUCCAAAGACCGCACGUGUAAGAUGUGGAACCUGGUGACUGGGCAGGAAAUAGUGACACUGAGGGGACAUCCCAAUAACGUGGUGUCCGUCAAAUACUGCAGCAGCUCCGGCCUGGUCUUUACCGUCUCCACGUCCUUCAUCAAAGUGUGGGACAUCCGUGACUCUGCCAAGUGUGUGCGCACCUUCACAUCCUCAGGUCAGGUGGUUUCAGGAGAUGCCUGUGCUGGCACCACCACCCGCACAAUCACCACAGCCCAGGGCGAAUAUCAGAUCAACCAGAUCGCUCUAAACCCAUCCGGCUCUGUGCUCUACGCUGCAGCAGGGAACACGGUCCGAACCUGGGACCUCAACAGAAUGCAGGCCUCAGGGAAGCUGACGGGCCACAUCGGCUCAGUCAUGUGUCUAACAGUGGGCUACUCUGGUGGAGGCAAAGACCAGGUCAUCACCGGUUCUAAGGACCACUAUGUGAAGGUGUUUGAUGUCGCGGAAGGCAUGCAGGGGAACAUCGGUCCCGCUCACAACUUUGAGCCGCCUCACUACGACGGCAUCGAGUGCCUGGCUGUGCACGGUGACGUGCUGUUUAGCGGCUCCCGUGACAACGGCAUUAAGAAGUGGGAUCUGGAGCAGCAGGAACUGAUUCAGCAAAUCCCGAACGCCCACAAGGACUGGGUGUGCGCUCUGGCCUACGUGCCCGGGCGACCCAUGCUUCUGAGUGCCUGCAGGGCGGGCAUGCUGAAGGUCUGGAACGUAGACAACUUUACACCCAUCGGAGAAAUCAAGGGUCAUGACAGCCCCAUCAAUGCCAUCUGCACCAACUCCAAACAAAUCUUUACCGCCUCCAGUGACAAGACUGUGAAGAUCUGGAACCUGAGGAUCGCAAAGAAGAGGUGACAGCUCGACAGCGUGAACGAUGGUCUAUGUUCCUUUCAUUGGGCUGCUGGCUGCAAGGUGGCGCAGCUUGUCCUCAGAGGUCAGAGGUCACAGUCUGGAGCUCCAGUGCCGCAUGAAGGUCUCGUAAUGGAAGAAUGUUCACGAGAAGUUGAAGGCAAUAGUUAAUCUAAGGUGCCACCAUGUUGCUAUUUUUUGACUUCACACCAAAUAAUGAGAUGGGCAUGUGUUUACUCCAUGCACAUAUUUACAGAAAGUGUCCUUCGGUGCCAAUUCGUUUUUGAGGAAAAAAAAAAAAGUGUCACUUUAGAUGUAGCUGCUGUCUAUUUUUGUUUAUUUAUUAUUUCAAGGAUAAAAACUGGCCAAUACGGAGGCCUUGGGAAAUCACUUCUGAGCCAAAUGGUGGGGGGGAAAGCACUUUUCAGUUUUACCCCCUGGAGACCCUUAACGCUUCUGUUUUUUGACUGACUGAAUAUCAGACUUGAUCAUAGCAAGCAUUCUGCUGGAAGCAAGAAGGAGAUUGAUUUGAUUCUUCUAUUACCAUCUGGUGGAGGUUCUCUGGAGAGUCUGAAUACAAACGAAGCUUGUUCCAAGACGUGACUGUGUAAUCGUGCUGGCGCAUUCCCCGCACGCACCGUCACCUUCGUCUGAGGUGUUUACUUAAAAUCUAAUACGGACUCGGUGUCGUCUUAAUCCCUCAUCAUCUUGAACGCGCUCUAGAAAACUUUGUACAGCUUCCUCUCCUUUUUGAACGUGUUUCCUCCUGUGCUGUGACGGUUCCGUGUUCUACCUCAGGUUUAAAUGUGUUUUUAGGGUCUGAAGCCCUUUCAGUUGUUUGUGUUUAGGGAUCAUGCCCACGUCUAUCUCCCAGUCUUAUUACUGGUCUGUGAACAUAGUGCUCUCUGAGCUCUGCAAGCCCCUUAUCUUCACUCUGCUGAGCAGACACUUUUAGAGAAUGGCUUCAAUAAGCUCGGGCCAGCAGCGGCCCGGAGUGUGCAAUAAAACCAACAGUUUGCUCUAAUGAAGGCUCUAGUGCUUAAAUAGGCAGAAUAAGACUUUCCUUUAGUGGGUUUAAAAGAACCUGAUCUCUUGCCGAUAGUCCGUUCUUGAUCAGUUCAGGUCAGUUGGACCCAGCUGAGUGAGUUUGGACUUUGUUUUACUGAAGGAAAAUGUGUACAGACUCAGCAUGGUAACACCAUGGUGUUUAACAGAAUAUAAUCGAACAGAAGACAUUUAUUGUCACUUGCCAUAUCUGUGAAAAUAUUACGCAGCUUUGUAGUGGGUGGAGCUAAAGCUCUAUAACGUACUGAACAGUUUGCUAAGAAAGUGCAGAAUUGGGGGAUUACAUGUAGUGUUUAAUAGGAUAGGAAUUAGCAGCAACUUUUGUAAUUGUGAUUUAUUUCUAGAUUUCUGGACAUGACCUGGUUAGUUCACACGAGAAGUGAAAUGCAUAAAGUCUGACUGGGAAUUUUUCUUUAAAAAAAAAAAAUGUAUGUCCCGAAAUGUAUGGGAAAAUUUUUUUUUUUUUUUUUACCAAAACAUUCCGACCACCCUACCAUUUUUUUUUUUACAUAGGCUAAAAGAAGGCAACAAGCAAAAUUUCAGAAAAAUUGGUUAAUAUUUAGAGGUGCCACACGAGGUUGCAAAUCGGGUUAAAGUGCCA